AUGAGCGCUCACGUGGGCGACGGCGGUCGCCCUCUUUCGUUCAAUGGCACGAACGACGACGACGCGGGCCACCCCGCGCGCCCGCCCGCCUGCGCGACGCCGCCGACCACACGGAGCGGACAAACGAGCACCACGAAGCGCAGGCGCCUCGACGAAGCGGCCGCCACUCGCCUCGGUCCGCUGCCAGGCAACACGCGCGAUGGCGACGCGCCCGGCGCACAGCACUCCCCGAGCGUGCUGCGCGCCCUGCGGCAGGACAUUGAGCGCGCGCAGGAGCUCGAGCGCUCGCUCGAGGCAACGUCACGCCUGAGCGCGGAGAACGCGCGCCUUCGUGUACAACUCGCGGCAACGGAGCAUAGCGUCGCGCAGCUGCGCGCGGACGUGGACGCGCUGAAGGCGGAGAGCAAGAGACAGCGCGAGGCCUACUACCACCUCGAGCGGGUUGCCGUCUACGGAGGGACAGGCCUCCUCAACCCUGCCGCGCAACCAGCGCGCCGGCCGAUGCCUGCCCACGUGUCCUCGUCGGAAACGGACGAGGACAGCGCCGGCGCAUUCGAUUCUCCUUCCGUGGCCGCGCACCGCGCGCCCGGCGCCAGCCCGGUGCCCCCCGCGCCUGCCCCAGCAACACGCGAAGCGGCUACAAUGACGGAGCCUGCGGCGGUCGCGCUGCAGGGGCAUCGCGAUGCGGCGGAGAACAACGUCCACGGCGACACAGCUUCAAGUCGACGCGGCGCCGCCAGCUCGGACGUCCCCCCCACGCUAGUGGAGUCGGAAGUCGCGGCUGCUCAGGGGGGGGGGUCUCCUCCCAGCGCACGGGCUCCGGCGCCCGAGGGCGCGCCCAGCGACACCCAGACGCCGCAGCUGGUCGCGGACGCGACUCCCAGGUCGAGGGAUCCGUCACGCGAGAUGCGCAGGCUCGUGUCGAUCCUGACGCGCAUAUUCCCUUACAGCAAGCCCGCCACGCCGGUCGGCGCGAUGACGGUGAAAGCGGUCAAGGAGCACCUCGCAGCCGUCCUCGGCCGCGCGCCGCAGCCCGACUGGGGCCUUCGCGAAAGGGGCAGGGCGGACUACAUCGCUCAGCUGCUCACCUUCGGCUCGGGGCGCCAAGUCACGGAAGCCCAGGCGGCGAGGUGCUUUCGGUACACGCAGGGAGUCGGCUGGGAGCGGGUGGACGCCGGGUUCCGCGCAAUCGGCAUGAUGGACGACCCGCCGUGGACCUGGAAGCUGCCAUUGCAGCAGCACGUGCGCGGCGACACAGGUCGCCUGCAGCCGGCGCCAAGCUUCCGUCCGCCCCAGCCUUCGCCGCCGGUCUUGCUUCGGAUCCGCAGCGAGGCGAACCCGGCGACGGCGCCGCAGGGCGGGAGCGGCAUGACAGAAAUGCGCAACGCAACCGAGAGCCUCGUGCUCAUUCGGGGCGCCGUCGGGCACAGCGAGCCGGUGGCGCCGCCGUCUGGGCCCGUGCAGGUGCCGGCAGAGAUCCAGCAGGCGCUCGAGCUGCAGGGCGCGGCGUUGCGGGAGCAGUGGCACACGCUGCUGGCGCAUCCGGCGACAGCGAGGCUCGCCGUGGGCCGUCGCGGACGGUGCGUGGAGAGCGUCCUCGGCGGGCUCGUUCUGGGCGCGCUGCGGCCCACGGGGCAGCCGUGGCGCACCGGCCGCGGCGCCCUCAAGGUCUUCCCGCUGCGCAAAGAGUCGACGUUCGGGAACUCGCUCCCGGACUACGCGUGCAGAAAGUACGCAGGCGGGGAGCGCACAGUGAGCGCGACGUGCAAGCCGUGCCUCGCGUGCAUCCUCUUGGCGAACUACGGCGCCGGGAGGAUGUUCUGUCUCCACGCGCCUCGGAAGGACGAAAUCUGGCGGCGCGGGGAUGUGCUGCAAGAGCGGGACGUGGUCGCGGGCGGGGACGGUAGCUUCGAGCCGGACCCGUGCGAGAGCGGGCUCGGCGACUGGGCGCUGAUCCUGCAGGCGCUGGAGGAGCAGCUCGUCUCCCCGGAGCUGACAGCGGCGGUCCUGGACUGCGUCAGGGGGGGGGUCUUGGAGGGGGUGUUCGGGCGCGAGGCGUGCGACGACUGCGAGGAGCUGCUGGUGAAGGUACCCGCGUACAGAGCCGUACAGGAGUGGCUGGGCCGCGGAAAGGACGAGUGGGCGUGGACGCAUGGGUGA